CAGAAUACCUCAAGAUAGGAUGUCUACAUAUACAACUCACUAACAACAAACUGGCCAAAGACUGACAGUCAAUAAUAACUACACAAGUCAUUCAGUGUUACCUGUAUAGGUUUUAGGGUAGAACUCUGUACAGAGGCAUGCUGGUGUUCUGUUAAAAGUUUAAGGACUUGUGGCUGAGCUGAAUUUUUAGACCAGAACUAAACCUUAGGGAUAAUCAAUCAGCGAUAUGGUGAAUUACAAGGGCGACAAUGGACAGUAUUUACUCAACUACAAACAGACUGCAGUGAACGGUAACAGUUUUCCAUGCUUGGAUGGUGAAGAAUCCCCAACAGGAACCAUGAUUAACGGACACAUUAAUGGAGAUAUCGACAAGCUGAAAUAUCGAAGUAAUGGUAACAACAAUUCAGGGGAGAAAAUUCCUGAUAAACAACAUGUGAACUUGAAGAAACGAGUUGGCCUGUCCUCUGGCAUUGCCUUGAUAGUAGGCACCAUGAUAGGGUCAGGAAUCUUUAUCUCACCUAAGGGGGUACUAAUGGGGACAGGCUCAGUGGGACUGAGCUUUGUCGUGUGGAUAGGAUGUGGUGUCCUGUCCUUAAUGGGUGCAUUAGCCUAUGCAGAAUUAGGCACAAUGAUCACACGGUCAGGAGCUGAGUAUGCUUAUCUCAAGGAAGCAUUUGAACCAAUGCACAAAACGCUGGGGUCAAUACCUGCCUUCAUGUAUGCAUGGACAUCGGUGCUCAUCCUGAAACCAGCUCUGUUUGGCGUAGUGGCAAUGAGCUUCGCUCUGUACAGUACAGAGCCUUUCUAUCCCUGUGGUCCACCUGACAUUGUCAUAAAACUGGUAUCUGUUGUCUGUCUGUUGGUGGUAGCCUUCAUCAACUGUUACAGUGUAAGCCUGGCCACCAAAGUACAGAACAUCUUUACAAUUACAAAAUUAGUGGCAGUUGCUGUCAUCACUAUUGGUGGAUUUGUCAUGAUAGGCAGAGGAGAAACUGAGGUACUGCAGACUGGCUUUGAAGGCACAGAAAAUUCACUAUCAGUGAUUGCAUUAGCCUUCUAUGAUGGACUAUGGGCAUAUGAUGGAUGGAACAAUCUUAACUACGUGACAGAAGAAAUCCAAGAUCCUCAUAAGAACCUCCCGAGGGCGAUUAUGUUUGCCAUUCCCCUAGUGACCAUCUGCUAUUUCUUCACCAAUGUAUCAUACCUCACAGUCAUGACGACAAGGGAGCUUCUGGCUUCAGCUGCUGUUGCAACGACUUGGGGAGAGAGGGUGCUCGGAGUUUUUGCUAUGCUCAUACCAAUAUCUGUGGCAUUCUCUACAUUUGGUGCUGCUAAUGGUUCUUGCUUCACAGGAGGAAGGGUGAUGUUUGUGGCUGCCAGAGAAGGCCAUCUACCCGAAGUACUAUCCUAUGUUCAUGUCAAACAGUUCACACCUCUUCCAUCUCUUCUUUUCUCGACAAUACUAGCGGCUAUACUAGUGACAUUAGGGGACAUCUUUACUCUGAUAGAUUACUUCAGCUUUGCUGCAUGGUUUUUCUAUGGAGCUACCAUGUUAUCACUUCUGGUCCUCCGAUACACAUCUCCGGACCGUGAACGCCCUUACAGAGUACCCACCAUUGUACCAGUGAUUGUCUUGUUAUUCUCCAUCUACCUUGUCAUCGCUCCUAUUGUACAGAACCCAAGGAUUGAGUUCCUGUAUGCCUUCCUCUUCAUGAUCAGCGGUCUUUUCUUUUAUGUCCCAUUUGUUGUGUACAAAACCUCAUUUAAAUUUACUGAAAAAGUGACGAAAUUUUUACAACUUGUGUUGUUGGUGGCACCAAGCAGAUAUGAAGAACUUGUGGCUGACUGAAAACCUGAACAGGAUAUUAGGAUCAUAUAUCUUGAUACUUAUCUAAUAAAUUACCGUUUUUUGUGAAAAUCGACUAGGUGUACAUAAUUUAUUGCUUUAUAACAGAAGAAAAAACUUUAUGCAUUUCUGAAGUUGAAACCAUAACUAUAUCUGAUUAUUCUGUGAUAAUGAACUGUUAACAUGGGCAGCUGCUUCCAUGAAUCAUAGCUUUAAUUAUACACUGGAUCCUGGUGUCAUUAGGAAGGCCACAAAACACACCUCCUCUCACUGGCCCUGUAGACAUCUGAUACAAUGGUGUGACUUAUGUUACAGAUCUGGAAAUCAACUGAUUUCAGACACAUUAUGGUUCACCAAAUUCCUCUUUGAUAUACUGCACAUAUACAAGGGUAAAGUCAUUGACACUUUAACAUGAAAACAAACCAUUAUAUGUUUGUAUAUUGUGGUACAUGUGUACGGAUUGAAAUGGUGUUGUUUUAUGUUAUAUGUUAAUUCUAGUCAUAUUACCAACUCAGUUUUUCUUUGUUGUUCAUGCUGUUUACCUUGUUUUUUCUUAGGUUUUUUUAUGACAGUUUUCCUUGAUUUGCUCAAACUUGAUAGGUUUAGCAAGUAUAUGUACAGAUAUGUAUAUAGAGGAAAACAAAUGAAAAAAUAAAAAUAUUGUAAACAUGAAAUACAGAUAGACAUAAUAGAUACAUUUUAAUUUAGUCCAACUUUGUUUUUAAAUCUAAAAUUAACAUAAUUUACAUAUAAAAUCAAGUUUACCGAAAUAUGAAAAGUCAAGGAAAACUUGUGGUUCCUAUGGUAUUUUUUCUUUUGUCUGAAAUGUGACUUUUUUGGUUUAUGUAUGUAUAAUUAUUUCAGUACAUGGCAUACAUAAUUGGUUUUAUAAGUUUAAUCUACCUACUGAUGGUUUACACAUAUUUAAGGAAAAAUAAAAAGCCAAAUAGAUUUACCAUACCUAUCAACCCUACUUUUCAACUUGUAGCCUGAAAUAUUCAAUGUUUUUUUUGCACAUUUCACAUUAAACUGAUUUUUUUUUUGUCAGCAGGAUAAGUGAGAGUUCCUAGAAUAUCAUUCCGUUUUGUGGACAUUUCUAGUGUUGUCAGUGGUCCAGAUCUACAUCUAAAUGAAAAACUUUAAAAAUGUAAUAUUUAAUGAUAUAUGCAGAUUGGAACACUUACAUGGUGCUAAUGAUGGUGUCAUUUACGUGUGCAAAAUUUGAAAUUACUGAAUCAUACAUUUUUACAACCCCAGUGAUAGAUGUAAAUAUAAGAUGAUUCACUAUACAUACACAAAAUGUAUCAACUUAUUUAUAUUAGCUGGAGUCACUACAGAUAAAAGGAUGGCUGUUGUAAGAUUAAUGUACCAACACUUUCUCAGGGUAAUUCAAACAAUGUUCAAUAAUUAAAAGCUUGAAUUUCUUCAGAGUACCAUACAAAUGUAAAUCUUUAGUAAUUACCUGGUUGAAUGUCUUGUGAGUAAUACAUACAAAGACAUGUUAGAUGAUUACAGGUAUAUUUGAUGUCAUUAUACCUAUUUAAGGAAAAUGAAAAAGUUCAAUUUCAAAAAAUAAAUAAAUCAAUAAAGAAAGAAAGGGUUCCCUAUCCUGAUGUUUUCACAUUUUUGAAACACGUCAUAUUUCAAAACUCUCUUAUCGAAAAUGUGAAUGUAAUCGUAUAUUUUUUAGUGACAUGCACCAUUACUUAUGAAGGCUAUCAUAAUGUCACUUAAUCUACACAUAGUUCAGUGAAUUUUGAUAAAAUCUACCAAAGAACUAAAGGAGAAAAUUGUAAAGUUUUGUCAGAAUCCUUGAUAACUACAGUAUGACUAUUCAUUAAAACAUGAAGUUAGGAAUUAUUCCAUGAGUGAGAUAUUGAUGAAGAAUGUGUAGAGAAGACAGGCAUGUUGAUAGAGCUACAAAGGGAUACCAUGUAUUUGAAAGUUUAAUUCUGAUAACAAGUUUUCAAAGGACAGUGUAUUUAUAGGUUAAGAAUGUAUACUGUUCAAAUAAAGUUUUAAUUACAAGCUAUAUAACAAAAUCAAAGCUAAAAAAGGAAUUUAAUUCCUGAUGUUCGAGUUUCAAUCUUGUGAUUUUCUGAGUUCAGUAAACGCUAAAGUACUUAGUACAUUUCCUGAUUAUACUGCUAAAGAAAUAUGAUUGUUUCACCAUCAGAUAGAAUAAUCAAUUACAGUGUAGUUGAUUGCUAAUUUUCCCAUUCAUUUACCAAAUCUCAUCCACAAACUCAUACUGUAAAUAGUCAUUUGAUAAAUUAUUCAUUUGUAUUUUCUUCAGAUUAGUGCUUAAAUAGUAUGAUGGUUGUUAAAGUAAGGUUACUUGUUUGUAUGGAACAAAAGGUGUGAAUGCCUUCAUUUAUGUUUGUAUGUCUGCAUAUAGAGCAGUAAUGAGAUAUCCUGAAGGCUUGUUUUCAUCAUUCGCAUUCAUAAAAUGUAUCCUUGAAAUAAGAUGCAGGUACAUUUUUAUUCUGAGUGAAAAAUAUUGGGGUACAUUUCAUACUCUUAUGAAAAGGUUACCUCUCUGUGGGUGUUUGAAAUCGUGAUCCAUAAUUUGUUAUGAAUGAUAACAUAUUAUUAAUGUUUUAGUGCCAAAUUGUAUUAAUGUGUUUUUCUUUUAGUAUUCAGGUGCUUUAAUCAUGUUUUAGAAUGGUGAAUAUGUGUCUCCAAAGCAUUUGUAGGUUAGAAAAUUUUAAAGGAAUGAGUAGUAAUUUAAACUAUGACGUAACGGUUAGUACACCUAGAUUCUAUGCAAUUAGAAACUAAAACAAUCAUUUUCACGACAUAACCAAUGACUGGUCUGUCUUCUCAAGGGUGGAUGUUCUCUUAAGCUACAAGAACAUAAGUUAUGAGUUUUACAAAUGGUGCAUUGCUAGACAGUAUUCAUAAUUCAAGCAGUAGGAAUAGUUUUAUGUUUAACUUUGAUGUUAUCUCAAAGUUUUCAUGAUAAAUUGAAAUAUGGAUUAUACAUAUAUUUAUCUCUGGUUUAAAAAUUGUUAACAUGUUGACUACAAGUUUUGUUAAUUUUUUUUUCAUUCUUCAGGAAUUUGAUCCAUCAUUCCAUUUGCCUACUAAUUUGAUGUCUAAUUAUUGCAAAUCAGUGCUUCUUAAUUGAAAUUUUGAAAUAACUUAAAUUCAUUUAAUUUGAAGUUAAAUGUGACAGACAGUCCUCUAUAACAGUUGUGUCAUAUUUAUUGUAAAAUUAUCUUUACUGCCAAUCAGUACAAGAAGAUGUUUGACAGUGUGUACAAAUCACAUAGUCAUAUAUCAUUAUCUACUGACUGAGCUGAUAUUUAGAAAUAAAAUUUUCAUUGAAUAUAUUAAGUAUGGUUAUUAAUGUCCGGUGCUUUAUUUCAACAGAGUAUUCAUCGUGACAUUGAAUUUCAUGUUGCCAUGUUCAUCACAUAGAUAAUUGUUUGAUGUUAUCAAUUUGAUGAUAUAAUGACACAGUUGUUUUAUGUUACUAUGUUUAUCACACAGUGAUGAAAUAAUUUGAUUUACUGUAUGAAUCUGUUUCCAUGUUCAUGAAUAUCUGUGGUUUGAAAAGCUGUGAUCAUUAUUACAUUGUUUCUUUAUCCAUGUGUGCUUACCAUAUAUCAUAAUAUUUACUUCAUGUUGUAAAUAAAGUCUUGUGUUCUUAGGAGGAAAACAGUAUGUUUAUUAUUUAACAUUGUAGCUCAUCAUCUUAUGUUAUCAUUAGUUUCGGUGUAUGUGAUCAUGGCCAAUGGAAGGUUUUGUAACAUCUGGUAUGGGAUAAUUUCUGAGCCAAUGGAAGGUUUUGUAACAUCUGGUAUGGGAUAAUUUCUGAGCCAAUGGAAGGUUUUGUAACAUCUGGUAUGGGAUAAUUUCUGAGCCAAUGGAAGGUUUUGUAACAUCUGGUAUGGGAUAAUUUCUGAGCCAAUGGAAGGUUUUGUAACAUCUGGUAUGGGAUCAUUUCUGAGCCAAUGGAAGGUUUGUAACAUCUGGUAUGUGAUCAUUUGUGAGCCAAUGGAAUGGUUUGUAAAAUCUGGUGUUUGAUCAUGGAUGAACCAAUGGAAGGUGCUGUUACAUCUGGUGUGUGAUUAUUAAUGAGCUGGUGGAAGGUGUUGUAAAUGGACCCACUUUUUUCUUUUUGGUUGCAUAUUUGUCUUUUGCUUCUGUGUAGUGUUGAUAUUGAAAUACUUUCCUAAUUUGUACUUUGUUUUAAAGCAAUUUAUUGGUUUUGUUCAUUAUUUAUAAAUUAAAACUUGCUUCAUGCUGUGUGUUGAUGUGUUCAAACUAGUGCACCAGUACAGUGGUUGUUGUGUCUACAGCUGUGAUUUUGACACAGAGGUGUCUACACCUGUAGCUGUGAUGUUUCCUAUGAAGUGUUUAGUUGUGAUGUUUUUCAGAGAACACUUCAAGCUGUGAUAACUAGUCUUUGUCAAUUUUACCCAUAUCAGUGUAAUUAUAGUAUUGAUUCCUACUUAAUCUAUAGAUGUAUUAAUCCUAUUUAUUUAUCUUGUUGUCAAAGUAAAUAUUAUCUUUUUAUUGUUUAUUUAACAUGUUGAGCCAAAUUCAUAGAUUAUGAUGUAUGUUAAUGCAUUUCUUGAGAAGUAUUUCUCAAAUGCAUAAUUGUUAUCAUUAUGAAUUAUUACAAAUGAAUGCAUGUUCGAGUGUAUUUAAUGAGUGAUGUUCUUCAUAUAGAGUUUAUAUUUUCAAAAUUAUUUCUAUAUAUAACGGUAUCACAAGUUAUUUUAAUUAAGCACAUUUGUUUGUAUGAUUAAUUAGUGAUUAUCUGUCUGCUAUGAUAAAACAUCAACUAUA